AUGCUCACAGUGAAAUGCACCACUCUGCUUUUAUGUGUCACGUUAUUAACUUGGCGUCUUCCUGACGCCGACGGUGCAGAGGGCGGCGACGGAAACGCCGGCGGCUCCCUGCAGGCAGCCGCCAACUCCUCAGACAACUCCAGCCUGGCCCGCUCCGCCUGCGGCUUCGCCGUCAACAUGGUGGCCGUGGUGCUGUACGGCAGCUCCGUGGUUCCCGCCAAGAAGAUCGACGCAGGAGACGGGAUGUUCUUCCAGUGGGUGACCUGUGCCGCCAUCUGGCUGGUGGCUCUGGUGGGAAACCUGCUGCUCAACUCGCCCACCUUCUACCCCUUUGCCAUGCUCGGGGGCGUGACCUGGGCCACAGCGAACUCGGCCGUCAUCCCCACGGUGAAGGCCAUCGGCCUGGGCCUGUCGCUGCUCAUCUCGGGCUCCUUCAGUCUGAUGAUGGGCUGGGCCAGUUCACGGUGAGCCCCGCUGCCUGAUGAUCCGUGGAUCUUUCUCAUUCAACCCAACAACCGGCUGCUCUCUGCAGGUUCGGCUGGUUUGGGAUCGAAGCGCAGACUGUUCC